GUGGCUGUCAUCUUAUUUUAAUUUUUUACUGUAAAUUAUAAAAGAUUGUGGUCCCUUCUGUUCUCCAUGCUAUGGACUGGCUGAGAGGGGAGACAGUGGUGACGCCUGGCAGUGCUCACACAACAGAAACUGACUUUGAAGGGGCAAGGCUGUGUCUUUUGGCAGGAAAUAGGCAGCAGAGCAUGCAUCCAUCCCUGGACGGGGGAUUAGAAAGUUAUUACUUUGCAAAAAUAGGGAGUUUCGCUGAAAGGACCACAACCAACUUAAUCUGUGGAAAUUAUUCCGGGGGCCGCUGGAGCAGACCGCAUGUAAAGGGAGGAGAAGAGUGUUUGUGGUGGUGGGGGGGAAUGGGUGAGUGAGAGAGGGAGAGAGAGCAAAGGAUCCAGGCCUAGUGAGUGCUGCCGCUGUUACUUCACUGAUCCGCUCUCACAAAUCUGGAAAUGGGCCCAUUUAAACGCCAAAAUGAGCCGGCUGGGGGUCAUUUUAGCGCUGGGCCACACCGGAAUGGGGGGGAUCAUGCAGGUAUGAGCGGACCUUACAAAGGUCCUGAAAGGAAGAGCCAUCAGUCUAGCUGCCCUCUGACCCCAGCCGGCGACCCGUCCGGCCUCUCCAGACCAAGCAACCACAUGUCUGCCACCACCUCCUCUCUCAAACAUACGUCUCUCUACAGUUACAUCCAAACGGACCACUCGUCAUCCACCUCCUCUUCCUACAGUCCCCUCAGGAGGCUGCAGCACCUCACCAAGAUGGUGAGCCAGCCUGAUCUCGUCCUACCGACGAGGGAACCUGAGAGGGGCUGGGAGUGGGGGGCGAAUACGAAGGAUAAGGGGGGAAAGGAGAGGGACUCCUGGGGUGAAUACCGAGAUUUUUCUACUUCCGGGAUUACAAGAAAAGAAGAAUACACCAAUGGCUCUUUUUCAAGGCAGAACCAAAUGGACGCCCAAAAUGAAAAUAAAGACUUGCAUCCUGUUACUUCUAACGAAUCUGGUGUUUCUGAGAAAAAUGAAGAAAAUUCUCUAUCAGGCCCACCUAGCCCUGCCUUUUCUCUCGACAGCAACAGUCCCUUCGCCAACGGCUUACUCCACUUUGAAUCCACAUUGUUCGAGGCAGACAACAACAACGAAGAGCAAGAAGCAGCAACACCCAUUGGAGGUUUGCUGGAUAAACAUGACAAAGCAGAGACUGCUCCGCAGCCCUUUCCUAGAAAUGUACAUUUGGACUCAAAGGACACGGACCUGCCAACACCUAAGGUGGUCACUCGCUCCCAGUCCUCGGGUCAGCGUAGGAGAUACUGGGAUGGCUCAGAAGACGAGUGGGACAGCGACUCAGAACUGUUCCUCUUUGAGGACAGUCCUGCAUGGCACAUAGUGCAGAAUAACCAAAAGAAAAAGCCUCUGCCCCCAGUGAGGUUUGUUGAGGGCGAAAUUGUUUGGGCAAAGUUUAACCGAAGACCAUGGUGGCCCUGUGAAGUAGUGAUGGACCCCUCACUCGGGGUCUACCACAGAAUGAAAGAGCCCAGUGACAGGCCUUGUCGGCUUUACCAUGUCCGGACCUUUGGGGAGCCAAAGGAGCUUGUAUGGGUGGAGGAAAAAUCAACUCACACUUUCCAUGGUGGCUUUGAAUUUGACCAACUACUCCUUUUGCAUCGGAGGAACAAGCAAAGAGAGAAGAGCAGAAAAAACACUAUUCCUAAACGCCUUCAGCUUUCUUGGAAAUCCAGUGUGGUAGAGGCUGAAUCUGCUCUGCCUGGACGACCCAAGAUGACUUCCUCCUUGACUUCGUUCCUAGACCAAGCCCUAUCCCAUAGUUCCCCAACAGAAAAAGAGAAAAAGCCCCAUUCACCUGUUUCUUUACCCUCUUUACCGGUUUCCAGCGUUUCUGAACCAUCGCACUUAACAAAUGGAUCCACUACAUCUGCAGUUACAACUCAGUCCAAACCAAGCACUUUAAAGAAAGCCUCUAGCAAGAAGAAGCAAAGCAAAUCUGUAAAGGACAUUGGAAGUAAAAACUCUAAAAAGACAUUGCAUUGUAGUUUUGACGAAUCUCACAAGGAUAGCAGAGAGUGCCCAUACUCUGAUCUUGACUCAGUCCCUAAGAUUCUGUGUCCUAAAGCACUUGAACGUCAGCCAAAGCUGCUUUCAUCUCAACCAUCUGUGGCAGUAGUCAAAGAGCUAAAGAAGCAGCCUGAGAUCCAGACAGGUCUUUGGUUUAGUAAAUCAGGCAAAGAUAGGAGACCUAAAACUACCAGUCCAGUACCAGACCGCUCCCUCUUUAUAAAGGGCCCCUCUAAGAAAAAGCACUUAUCCACUAUUACUAAGAAGGCACAAGUUCCUUCUGCCCCGUUGAACAGUGCGGUUUCCAAAGACCAGGGUGUUUUGAUAGACAAAAACAAGUCAGAUAACUGUCCAGAACUUGAACAGUCCAUACCUGAGAAAUGUAGAACCAAUAAGGCCAACCAUGUUGAUAAAAGUGGUAGUUCUGUUGAACUGUCGUCAACUAUGGACAAUCAAAAGACACAGCUGUCAGUCGACAAUACUUGCUCCAAAAAUAAGCAGCCACCUGAGACCAUUACAAACCCUUCAAGCAGUUCAACAGAUAGUCCUGAUAUUAAAAGAGACUCAUAUCCCUCAAAGACAGUCAGUUUAAAUGUCCACUCAGUAUCUUUAAAGGCUGUAAAAUGUGUAAGUCAAACUGAACUUUCGGUGAUAAUAGCUACUGAACAGCUUGAUAUAACUGAAAAACUGUCUGAUCAGGAGAAAGAAGGCAAGAAGACUUUGAUGUCCUGUUUAGCAAUUGAAAAAAAUGAUGCAACACUAGAAAAACAAACAGAGCUGGUCUCUAAAUGCAGACUCCCCUUUGUGAAACUGAUACGAAAGGAGAUAGAAGAUAAGAAUUAUCUUAACCCUAAUUUGAUCAUUUCACCCACUGACAAAAGUGAAUGCACAAAGAAAGAGAAAGCUAAUGUUGAUAAGAUAUCGCUUGAUAAAUCAGACCCUGUAGUCAGCAAACUAAGUUCCACCACAGAUCAAAGUGUACCUUUAAGACCCAUCAAGGUCUCGGUCAAGAAGUUAAAAGCUAAAAGUGAGUCGGGGUUACUUCGUCUGUCUUCUGAAUCACCACCUGGAAAUAAUGCUCUAGCUUCGGUUGACUCUUCUGACAAGUUGAGUAGCCCAGAAGUAGAACAGAUACCAGUGCCAAAGGUUUGCCUAAAAAGCUUGGCUACCUUAUCAACCAAUGAAUCAGACGGUUUGGAAUCUAAAAUUACUUCUGUCUGCAAUGAAACAAAGGUAUCCUCUAACCAGUCGGACAGUAAAGAUGAAAGCAUUUCAUCUGUUAAAGAUACAGCUUCUCCAACUAGAACCUCUCAAGUGCUUGAAGAUAUUUCUCCUCCAAAAUCCAAAACAGCUGUUCACAAACUAAAGCGAGCUAAAGAAGUUAAGAAAGUCUUAAAAGACCAGCCAGCCCAUCUACCGGCCAGCAAUCGGCUAAUGAAUAGAGCACUUAAGGCCUUGCAGGAGAUAGACCAAAAUAAGCGCAAAAAAGCCCAGCAAGAUCCUGAACGAAGUAAACUGGUGAAGAAUCUUGAAAAAGUUGAGGAUCUUGCAUGGAAUCCUGAUCCCAAAAUUGUUAAAUGCACUGAUAAAAAACAUAUAAAAUCUAAUCACAUUGACAAUGGUGAGUAUGAUCAAAGCACCUUUUCUAGAUGUAGCUCCCCUUCUUUGUCCGAUUCAGAUGAUUUUGAAAGUGAUGUUAAAAGUGAAGAUGAAGACUUGUCAGUUUCUUCAACUCCCCCAAUGGACUUUAUACCCCUUACUUCAAAAGUAAAGGCAAAACAUGAGGAUAAGUCCCCUAAAACACAAUCUUCAUCUCCUCCCUCACCAUUUUCCUUCAUGAAAGCCUUUAAGGGUGUUAAGGAGGUUUCCUUUCAAUCCUUAACAAAUGGUAGUGAUGCGAAACCUGUUUCUUUCAAGUCAGACUCAAAAUACCAGUUUAGCACUUUUCUUAUGAUGUUGAAGGACUUGCAUGACACUAGAGAGCGAGAAGGUGCGCCCCUGGAGUUAGAGAUUGGGCCACCUGGUGCACAUGUGAAGGAGGAGCCCUUGGUUAUGCCAGACAAGGCUCCAUCAAAAGGACACGGGCAAAAACUUGAAUGUAGUCUUAGCAAUUCUGACUCAAUCCUUGACAAAAAUGUGGUUGUACAAAACGGAUGUGGUACAGUUGAGAAACCCAAGAGGCCAUAUACCAAAAGGGGCAGCACCCAUUGGCUGAAGAAGAAAACAAAUCGGAGAGUGCCUUUUCAUUCUUUCAAGUCUGGACCUGGUUAUCCAGGACUUGAAUCAGCAGCAUUGACUUCCUGCCCAAAAGCAAGCCUCUCGUCGAUAACCCCGGAUGCACAAAGCAGCAGCAGCCAGGAGACCCAGGUUGGUUGUAACGAAGGCCUGGGUGGAAAAGAAGAGGAUGAGAAGAGGUGGAAAAGCUUAAAGGACAGUCAACAGAUUACUCUACCUUUGGAAAUGAGGGAGAGUCCCACAAUCACCCUGGAACAGUCAACCAGCCUUCAUGGAGAUGGCAUGGGAAAUAAAAAAGGCUUGAUUGAUGAAGCUGGGGAACAGGAUAAGGCUUCAGCAGAACAUAAACGAAUACGGAAACCCAGUAAGAGACUGCUUGAAUGGAAUGAGGAUUACAACCAGAUUUUCUCCUCAAGGAAGAAACAUAAAAGGCCUCUCCAGUUGGUUGAAAAGGCCAACGAAUCUGUCGUUUUUGUGCCUGAGCUUUCGAAUUUGGAUAAGAACAUACCCGACAGCUCACCCUCCUCCUUGCAUCCCGAAAUACUUACACCACCUCCUGAAGAAUUUGUUCCAACUGCACCUUCAGAACUUCAGAUUCCCAAAGCAGAACACCCACCGAUCCAGGAGAUCCCAGUGCUUUCAAUAGACUCCUUGACUCCUCCUCCUGAAGUUGAACCCUUGCAGUCAGAGGGCCACGUUAAAAACAGAGUUGCUCCUGUGCUUGAAAAGAAGCGCAAGAGGAAGCCCACGCAGAAGAUUCUGGAAUACUGUCUGGAGGCCGAGGCAUCUACAGUCCCAAAGAAGAAGAUUAAAGCUCUGAAGACAAAUUCAAAUGCUGCCCCUCGAACAGAUUCUUCUCCACCGUCUUCUAAAACCAAGACCAAAUCUCCACCAGCCUCCACACCAGUCUCUGAGGUCACCACCUGCCCACUGUUACCCUCCCUUCAGCCCCAAGCGCCUCCUGUACCCCCUGAUCCAGGGUCCGACCUGCCUGAGCCUGAACAGGUAGAGACGGCUCCAGCGGAUGUUUCUCACUCUGAUAACAGCAUCCAGGAAGACACAAAGGACUCAGUGGAGUCAGAGGAAGACAAGUUUGGACAGGAGCAAAGGUUCUCCGUGAAGGACGACCUGUUGCUGUGUGACGACUCAGUUUUACCUGUAAGGAAGAUCAUAGGUGACCGAGGAGGGCCCGCCUCCAUGAAGGAGAAUGUGUGUCAGGUAUGUGAGAAGACAGGGGAGCUGCUGCUCUGUGAGGGUCAGUGCUGUGGAGCUUUUCACCUGCCCUGCAUCUCUCUAGCUGAGGCACCCAAAGGGAAGUUUGUCUGUCCAGAGUGCAAAUCAGGGAUCCACACCUGCUUUGUGUGUAAGAAGCGCAGCGAAGAUGUGCGUCGCUGCAUGAUUCCUGUGUGUGGGAAGUUUUACCACGGAGAGUGUAUUGCAAACUAUGCCCCGACCGCGCCAGUGAACCGAAGUUUCCGCUGCUCCAUCCACGUCUGCCUCACCUGCUUCAUCACCAGCCCCAACAGCUCGUCCAUCUCCAAAGGUCGCCUGGUGCGAUGUGUUCGCUGCCCAGUGGCCUAUCACGCCACAGAUCUGUGCAUGGCGGCGGGAAGCGUUGUGCUUUCCAAUAACAGCAUCAUCUGCCCCAACCAUUUCACCCCCCGCCGAGGCGUCAAGAACCACGAACAUGUAAACGUCAGUUGGUGCUUCGUCUGCACUGAAGGAGGAAGCCUUCUGUGCUGUGAGUCAUGUCCAGCCGCAUUUCACAGAGAGUGUUUGAACAUUGAGAUGCCCAAGGGCAGCUGGUACUGCAACGACUGUAAGGCCGGGAAAAGGCCUCGCUACAAGGACAUCCUGUGGGUGAAGGUCGGCCGCUACAGGUGGUGGCCUGCGGAGGUUAGCCAUCCUAAAACCAUCCCGGAUAACAUCCAGCGGAUGAGGCACGAUGUGGGGGAAUUUCCAGUCCAUUUCUUUGGCUCCAACGACUACCUGUGGACCUACCAGGCCAGGGUGUUCCCGUACAUGGAUGUUGACGCAAACAGCAAAGAAAAGAUGGGAAAGGGUGUUGAUGCAACAUACAAGAAAGCUUUGGAGGAGGCGGCUGUGCGAUUCCGUGAACUGCAGACAGAAAAGGAGCUUCGGCAACUUCAAGAGGACAAGAAGAAUUACAGAAAACCGCCACCUUACAAACACAUUAAGGUCAGAAAAAUACUUGUGUUUAAGUCUGCAGAGGGCAUCAACAGCACUGUUAUAACAAAGUAUGAGAUCCAAAACGGUGUAAAAAUAUCAGUUUUAUUGCACUGUAGUAUUCACUCCCCAAUAUUUCUUUUAUGAAAUAAAAUGAAAGUUAUGAUCGGAACAGUGCAGGAUACCAUUAGCCGGCUCAUUAUUCAAACUAUCUGCUCAGGUUGCCACUCUGCAGUUCGAGCUUGACAUUUGUCAUUUUAAAACGGUUUCCUUCAUAAAAGCAACUGAACUCCUUCAACUUUGACAUCAUCACUUUUUUUUUUUCUUUUUUGUCUUUUUUUUUUGGUACC